AUGGAGGUUGUGGUCAGCAUGGUUACAUUCUGCAAAGCCAUAAGAAGAAUGAGGCUGAGAGCCAACCCUACAGUAAGCAACGAUAAGGUUACCACCUUGGGAAAACUCGUCACCUCCUUCAUGGCCCAUGGUCGGAAAACCAGCAAAAGACCUUUUCCACUGGACUCUCUUCUCAUUCCACAAGUUCCCCGUAGCAAUUACUUGAACCUUCAGGAAGAGAAACACAGACUACAGCUGAAGAAACUCCUCCUUCAUAGAAUGUUUCUAGUGGCCAACAUACAAGCAAACACAGAGAAAAAAGAAAUCACUGAAUACUAUGAACAAAUGUUUCAGUCAGUUUUGAAACAUCACCUAGGAGAACCAGUUACAGGGCUACUGCUCUUAUACCCAAGCUCUAUGCUGCACAUCUUUGAGACCUCCAAUGGUACAUUUUUUCGAAUUCUUUUAGAUUAUGUUGCCCAGGAAAGAAAUGAAACAGACUUUUUUAUCCAAAAUAUGAAAAUUAUAUCCAUUUCUCAUAACAUCCCUACAAGGCUCUUCAUGCACUGGAAUGUUUCAGUAAUAAAAGUGCCAGUUAUGUAUCUUGAUGAUGUAACACAGUCCCUGUCCCUAGAAGAGGUCAUUACUGAUUUUCUCACCCUGACUCAUAAACUGGGAAUAUACCUUCUUAAGACUGUUAAGGUGGGCACUAAAGGGCCAGCUGACAACUUGCACCACAUUGCACCUGACCUACUCCUGCCAGAACAAAUCAUAAAGUACUUGUGCAAAGCUGAAGAAUUCAUGGAUCCAGUAGAAUUCCUAGAAAUGUACAAUAGACCCAUACACAUCACCUUGGAUUCUGAAGUGGUAUGGCCAGCUCCCUCUGGUUUCUAA